GGGAUAUUUUUGAUGCCCUUGGAGUUGAUCCCAGAGCUGCAGAUGCGCUGAAGGAGGUUGAGUCUCCAGACAUUAGGGCUGCAACGGCAUUGUUGGGAGUGAUACUGAGCCAGGGUGGUAGUAAGGAUGCUGGGAUGUCGGAGGGGGGUCCCGAGCCGGAGGAAAUGGCGAAGGUGCGGGUGACAACGGUAGAUGAGGCGAAGGCCUUCGGGGAGAAGACUCGUCCUACUUUUUUGCCCAAGGCUUACACUCCGUGAUCGCAUUGCUUCAAGCCAGUGGGGAUAACCAACUAUACUCCGGUUAAUGCUGAUUAUCCGGGUGACAUGCUUUUGAGGGAUCGAGAUCGGCACAUCUCAUCGACCUGGACCACGCGUACCACCGACGUGUAUGGCCAUGGAGGCUCCGCCAAGUCUUUGGCGCACUUCAGGGCGUUACCUGAGCGUGUACGAGAAUUAGUAGAAGCAGCAGGUUUUGGGUCUUUCAUACGAUUACAGACGAUAGUCCAAAUUGAUCAUGCUAUAUUGACAACACUCACAGAGAGAUGGUGGGAUACCACUAACACCUUCCAUUUCCGAUUUGGGGAGAUGACAGUGACACCCCUCGACUUCGCAGCAAUUACGGGGCUUAGAGUUGGAAGAGAGCCGAUCCCCUAUGACAUGGGCCUUAUUGAAUGAUAAUGCGGCACUGAUGUGGUUCCUCGGGCGAGUCCCACUUCAUAGUGGCGGGCUAGCAACAUAUGGCCAAUUUACAUCGUACUGGGAUCACGAACCAGAGAGCGACGAGGAAGCAGCUCAAAUGGCUCGAGCUUAUUUGCUAUACUUGUUUGGGGCUUCAUUGUUCCCAAACAGACGAACACGCGUUCAUCUCAGUUAUUUGGCUGCCUUGGUGGAUUUUAGAACAGCAGGGAGGUUCGACUGGGGCGGUGCUGCGUUGUGCGCCUUGUACUGCUUUCUAGGAGCUGCAUCUCACAGAGUUGGCAACACCGUUGGAGGAUAUUGGAGGGUAAUUGAGCUUUGGGCCUACGAGGUGUUGGGGAUGUUUUCACCUUAGAACACCUACAAAGAUCCAAAUUUCUUCCCUCGAGGUUUAAUUUGGAACAAAGAAUAUAGGAAGACAAAGGAGCGGAGAGGCGAGAUAAUGAUGUUUCGACGUUGGUUAGUCAAUUUGACGGGAGCUUCGGUUCAUUGGAAAUGUUGGGAUAGGCUAGAGGCAGGAUGCAUGGUGAGGAGUCGAGAAGUAACACGGAGUAGAGUGCUGCUGGAGUGCCCCUUGGGCUGGCAAUGGUACUCGGGGAAUCGUGUGACUCGUCAGUCACUUGGUCUUCCAACAUUUGUAGUACCUGGGCCACUACCUCCUCGAGUGCAAGGGACUAAUACCUAUACCCGUGCUGAGCUCGAACAAUUUACAGUGCUUGACACCGAUCUGGAGGGGCUUCUCAGGCGAACAAUGGAGUAUGAUGCUUAUAAGGAGAGGUAUUUGGCCAGGAGCCUAGGCGUGGAGCAGGAACUCCAGAGGUGGGUGACUGAAAUUGAGGCUAGGAGAGCAGCUUCCAGAGCCGGAGCUGAGGCUGGAGGAGAGGGCAACAGGGGUGGUCGCUCUCAAAGAGUGAGAGGACGAGAUCGAGGUGCCAGCUUUCGAGGUCGAGGGAGAGGUGGCACAGAGGCUACAAUAAGAAGUGAGGACACCCUAGGAGUAUCAGGGAUACCUGAAUUGAAAUGGGAAAUAAGUGUCCGAGAUCAAACAGGUGCUCGGGCGAUUGUGGAUAUCGCAUGUUUGCCUCGCCCGGACAUGAACCUUCCCGAUUCGAUAUUGCGGGAAUGGGCUGAGUCAGCCAUUAUGAGAAUGCUAGGGAUGCGCAAGCUUUUGCGUGAUUGUGCCAGAGGGAAGACACUACAGACCCGUGUUGCCCCUGAGCCAGCCACUACUUCUGUUGUGGAGCCACCGCAGAUGCAGACACGUCGCGCGACCCGGGCUCAGUCUCAGGCGGUUGUUGGAUCCCCAGCUGCUAAAGUGGCCCAGGCAGAGAGCCGCCAAUUCGAGCUACGGCCACGGCCAGUGACCCAGAGACAACCUGAAAGUGAAGAGUCAGAGGAGUCUGGGGAUACAGAGGAACCAGAGGAAUCAUUGGGUGAUUCAGACACUGAUUCCGAUUCGCCAGCCCUUCCUGAUGGUGACAAUGACGAUGAAGAUGACAGUGUCGAGGAAGAGAAUCUGCCGUAGAAAAGUUCACGGCGUGUCUGAGCUGUUUUUACUUUGCUAGAUCUUACACGAGCCUGAGUGCUACGAGUUGUUGUAGGUUUCAGGCCUGCGUGCCUUUUUGUUUGGGUCUGCAUGCCCUUGUAGAUAGCCUUUUGAAUAGGAGUAUCCCUCUUUUGAUCAUUGUACAUGCUGCUUUUGAUUAAUGAAAAUUGCAUUUCUUUCUUUUAAA